AUGGACCCAGAUCCCGCCGCACAGCUGGCAAGAGCGCUCGAGCAAAACAAAUAUACUUUACCUUGUAUGUGGACUAGCAUUUACCUGCAUUCACCUCACCCAUGCAUAUGUGCCAUAGCUGUUUAUGUAAUUUUGCUCUGGGAAGCACUGAUAAAUUUGGGCGAGGAGCACGAUCUGAUUCACCAGACGCGAUGGGGACACGUCAAAGUGUGCUACCUCGCGUGCCGUUAUUAUCCCAUUAUCAUCACUCCAUUGUACCUGUGGGCUUGCAUCGCCGACAUCGAUCCUCGUACAUGUGCAAGCAUCGUUCUCCCGCUACAAAUAUUUCUUCUGCCGCUGGUAAGCUACCUCCGAUAUCCCUCGCAUCGCGAAACUUACUGUAUACAUUUAGCACCUGACAUCUUGCGCCGCAAUUUAGUCGUCAUCCUCGUCCGGGCCUACGGCUUUACCGGACGAAAUCUCUACGUGCUUCUUCUGCUGUGCGGCUGUUUCGUAACACUGCUCUUCCUCCAAUUCUGGGGUUUCGCAAACCAAUCGCUCGUUGCACGGAAGGUCUUCGCCGUGCUGGGGACAUGUCAAGGCUACAAAACUACUAGCAACGACUUCUCGCACACAAGACACGUCGGCUAUGUUAUGGUCGCGUCCAUAGCCACUGAUGCUCUCGCCCUGAUCGUAGUCUCAAUCCAUUGCUUCCGAAUAAGAACGACGCAGGGUCCACUUGGUCGUUUGUUCUUGCAGCAAGGCAUCAGCGGCUUCCUUGUGAUGCUAACGCUAAACAUCGUCUCUGCAUUUACCUUCCUCGGCCCGGAUCACUUGCUGACAUUCGGCGUCGUUUAUCCCCUAAUGUUCCCCAACAUCAUCGCUUGUCGUUUCAUUCUUCAGCUUCGCAGACAAGUAUCGCCCACCGAAACCUUCCAACUGCGCCGUCAAUCUCAACUGGUUCGCGAUGCAGUGGGCGUCGCCCACGACCCUCAACCUCCUGAUCCUGGGUCGGGUCCCCCGCACAUAUCGAUACCUCUCGAAGAUUACUACCUAAGGCCGAUGCCAACGGCGCACCAGCUGCUGCCGCAGCAUAAUAUCUACUUCCAUUCGUAUCACCCUCGCGACCCACCUUCUUUUUCAAUACCAAAACCAUAA